UCAUGUUUUAUGUGCUCGUAUUAUCUUCUUCUUCUUUUAAUGCAUUACAAUUGAAUCAAAUCGAUCGCUAUGGCCUUAUGGGUUUGUCUGAAUCUGGGAUUAUUAAUUACUAACAAGAGGUAAUAUCUCCGUAAGUUUCACUGUUAUCAUUAUCUCUGCUACGACUUUUGUUUUCUGGUAUAUGGAUGAAACCCCCAUCACUUGCUAGUACCUUCAGGAUUCAUCGAUAAACUCCUGCAGCGUGAUUGCUUCAUCCUUCGUCUUAUUGUAAAGAUUUGCCAAGUGGCGCACUGAGAAUGCCAUGGUGAAAAGAUGGUUGGUCAACUCUAUGGACUACUCCUUGGUUGUGAAUUUUAUUCGCUACCCAACGGCUAAGCAGGAUGUUCUCAGCAAGGAGAUUAUUGGGCGUGGUACUAAGAGGGGGGGACUGUAUUACUUGGAUGACUUCGACCCAGGCCGAGCAUAUCACACGCACCAUCAACCCAGUAAUCAAGAACGGCAAAUUUGGCUUUGGCAUAGGCGCUUGGGGCACCCCUCCUUUGGCUACCUCCGGCACCUACUCCCAGACUUAUUUUCCAGUUUGCAGCCUAUAGAUUUUAAAUGUGAUACAUGUAUCAAGGUUAAAAGCCAACGUGUUUCUUACCCAAUUAGCUUGAAUAAAACUAAUGCCCUUUUUGCCUUGAUACACUCGGAUGUAUGGGAACCAUCUCCGAUAACUACUGCUGCUAGUUACCGUUAGUUUGUAAUUUUUGUUGACGAUUGCACUAAGAUGACAUGGCUUUAUCAGUUGAAAACCAAAGCUGAAGUUUUCAC